AUUUCCCCGAUAACCGAAUUUGGUCAAAAUAAAAGCUCGAAUUGCGAGAGAAGAUGAUGCGUUUUCAGACAGUUCAGCCACCAGCCAAAAACUACGUUCCUCAGGCUCGUCAGACUUCAGACCGUGCGCAGGCCAUUACGGCUGCUGCAAAGGAGAAGAGAUGUUUCAAUUGCCGCCAGAUUGGUUACUUAAUGUUUGGCCGUCCACGCCCGGAUAGACCAAAAGGAAGUUGCUAUCGGUGCUUCAAAGUGGGCCAUCAGUACCGGAAUUGUCCAAUGCGAACACAGAUCGCCGCCAUGAGCUAUAGUGAAGACCCGGACACCAUUGAUGAUAAGUCAUUUAUUCAAUUAAUUCCGGAAGCCCAUUAAGUUUUGCC